AUGAGGCUCAUUGGUCAUACAUUAAGAUUCUUUACUGCUCUAAUAACACUCUUAAUUUCUUUGGAGAACACGGUCGCCAGUGUUAACUUUUGUUAUGAUUCAAGUUUUGAAGGUUUCAGGCUAAAUACAGCAAUUCACUCAACCGCACUUGUCUAUGAUUGGGUUGACUGUGCUGGGGAGUGCCUCAAAGAACCGUGUUGCAGAUCUAUCAACUUUAAGAAGGAAUUUAUCUCAGAAAAUUCAAGAAAUUACACUUGCGAGAUGUUGCAUAAUGUCAUUACCGUUCCAUCCAAGCACUUAUUGGAACCAAAUUCAUCCUACGAUUACAUAUUUUUUCAUAACCCGAGAAAGAAAUUCAAUAUAAGUUGCCUAGAUCAAAAAGCGUGCAAAAUGGCUCUCGGCAUGGAAAAUGGUAAUAUUAAUGAUAAUCAAAUCACGGCUUCAAAUGAACAUAAUAUAAAUCAUCGGGCUGCUAAUGGAAGAUUGAAUUUUACACCACGAGAUGGAAGAACAGGAGCUUGGUCAUCAGGGAAACAAAAUCUUAAUCAGUGGCUUCAGGUUGAUUUCCAAAGAUCUACUCUGGUCACAGCCAUCAGUACCCAAGGACGCAGCGAUAAAGAUCAAUUUGUUAAAAAUUACACCGUUUCAUUCAGCCAAGAUGGGCAUAAUUUUCAUGAUUACACACAAAAAGGAGCAAACAAGGAAUUUGAUGGGAACAGUGACAGGAAUUCAAUCGUCCAAAACCCCCUUAUUCCACCUAUUUCUGCUCGGUUCAUUCGCAUUCAUCCAACGUCUUCGUUUGGUCAUAUGUCGAUGAGAGUAGAAUUUUAUGGAUGUCCCGCUACAUAAAUAUUGCACACCCCUUUGCACGGUAAUAUGCUGGUCUGUUUUCUUGUGUUUUAUGUAAUAAUAUGUAGACGACUGAUUUUUUCAAUAUACAUGUCUCCAGUUGUUGAGGCAAUGUUACACAAACUUGUUUAGGCAAGGUUCAUUUAAAGGCAAAUGUGACGAGGGUAAAACGUGAUCCCUAUUACAAUAAAUGCUAAUAAUCGAAUUUUUUCAAUAGGCAUUUUUAGUUUAGUAAAUUUAAUAUUAUAUC